UCCUCCGUGAACUGUUGCCGUUCUUCCUCCAUUUGCAUUGUUUGCUACAUUCACCUGCACUGUUAGGCAAAAUUAGUUUAUGCUGUUCAAGUUCCUUGCCUGGAUUUUUGCCCGGUCUCUCCAAGCAUUCCACCUCGAACUUUUGCUCGCGCUUGGAAGCAACCGCCAUGGUUCCAGGAGAGGUCAGGGAUCCCGACCCGUCACCAUUCUUCCUGUUCUUGCAGGUACAAUAAUGCUACCGAAACAUCAAUUAUGAAGAAGUCACAGCAGGAAGGUCAGCCGAGGCCAUCCUCCCUUCGUCCCGAGGAUGAAGACCUUCCAAUUAUAAACGUGACUUCAAGCCAACUCACUUUGUAUCAGCAAGCCCGGCCUAAUCCAUCCCAGCCCACCCGCGUCGUCAAAAGUUCGCCGGGCUCAAUAUCACCCGAAGUGCAAAGUCCAGAAUGGAGCAAUUUCGAUCCUGCUUCCGGGCCGAGCGGUGUCAGCAGCCCAGACCUGGCGGCCGUGUUCAAGAAGAACCGUCAGUUGUCGGUGAUUGUGGACGACGCAUCCGUGUCCAGCGUCCACCGCACGGAGGAUGUGGACAGACCCAACAGGCCGGAAGACGUUGCCGAUGCCCUCGUCGCAGGAGGCACAAUUGAAGAUAAUAGGAUAGAUGAAUCUACAGCAAGGGGUAGCGGACAACCUGCUGAUACUAAAUCGGGUCAGGAAGAACGGCAGACAGUAAGGCAGCAACUAACAGGGGCUUACCACGAGAAACUCGAAGAACUAGAUCCACGCUAUCGUGUUCAAGCGGGUGGUGCCGUCGAACCAUCCGGGCCCCGCGUUGCUCAGCCUUGGAAGCGGGCCCGAGAUCGGUCAUGGAUAAAGCGACCAGAGGAUGCAGUAGCGCCACAAGCCAGAGAGCCUGCAACAGUGAAGGAACAGUUAAGCGAUACGAUCAUGAAAGGCCACGCAGGUCGUGUGGCAACCCUCAGGCAACAGUUUAUGGGAGCGUACCACGAUCAGACAUCAGAAAGCGAUCAACGGUACCGCGUGGCCACUUCCGGUACCGCUGGGCCAUCGAGGUCCGUAGACCAAAGGAAGGAACAACCGUGGAAGCGCGUAGAGUCCUGGACUGGUAGGGCAAAGGCAGACGAGACUCCUUUGCCUGAGUCUGCGUCUACGAGGCAACAGCUGGUUGGUGCGUACCAUGAAGCUCUCCCAGAACUUGAUUCACGCUACCGCGGCGGGACUUCCGUUUGCUCCGAACCGUUUCCCGAACUGAAGAAGCAGCGCCCUUGGAGACACAUCUGUGACGAGACAUCCAUAUAUAAGGAAAGUACGGAUGUAGCCCAGGAGAACGAUCGGGAGUCAAUACAGCGGACUCAACCAUCUUCUGUCAGACAGCAGUUAACAGGUGCAUAUCAUGAGAGACUACCGGAAAAGGAUUCGCGGUACACAGUAACAGCAUCGGGUACAGCUGGGCCAAGCACUUCCGCUGACCUAAUGAGUGAACAGCCCUGGAAGCGAACUAAGAAAGACUCAUCAUGGAUUCGUGAAAAACGUCCGCAUGACUCUGACAAAGGAGCUCCCGACGAGCAUCUGCCGGCUCGUGCAGUCAAAUCUCCAUCUCUCAGGCGUCAGUUAGUGGGGGCGUACCACGAAAUCCUUCCGGAGCUGGACCCGCGUUACCGCGUGUCGACGCCUGAUACAACGGUGACGCAGUCUGGCCCCGAUGGAAUAUCGCCAAGGAGACGACAGGAGGACUUCCUGGAACGUGCCCCUGUUGGUACCGGACAGCCUACACUUAGACAACAGUUAAGUGGUGCGUACCACGAACAACUACCAGACAUGGACUCACGGUACUGCAUAGCAGCGUCCGGAACAGCAGGACCAAGCGCAUCUUCUGAACUGCAAAGAGAGGUGCCCUGGAAGCGCGUCAAGAGGGACACGUGGGUUUGCGAAGAGUAUUUGGGAGCGCCUGCAAGAGAUCGAACCUUCGCACAAAAGGAACUGACGGACGAGUCCCCAUCUUUGAGACACCAGCUAGUUGGAGCUUACCAUGAGUCCCUUCCAGAGACUGAUUCACGUUAUCGCAUGUCGACGUCUGAUACCACGAAAUUACAAGAAGCACCUGGUCAACUUUCGAGACCCGCCAGGUAUGACGUGCUGGAGGGUAGCUCUGUCGGUCCAAGGUUUCCCUCGCUGAGGCAGCAGCUAGCAGGUGCGUACCAUGAGACACUACCGGAUAUAGAUCCACGGUAUCAGAUUGCAACGUCCGGUGCAGCGGGACCAGUUGUCCCAGCUGAUGUAAGAAGUGAGUUGCCUUGGAGGCGAGGCAAGACGGAUACAUGGACUCGUGAAGAACAUCUAGCUGACGCUGCCCAAGGGGGUUUCGUUGAGCAGCAGCAGUUCGAUCUAACUGAAUCGCCACCUGUCAGGCAUCAGCUAGUCGGAGCGUACCAUGAAGCCCUUCAAGAGGAGGAUGAGCGCUAUCGUGCACGAGAAUCUGCCAGCACGGAACCUCGCAUGGUUCCAGAAGAAAUUCUCGGAUUGCUCGGAUUAACCCCUGCCAGACCUUUUACGGUUAGACAACAGUUAACCGGAGCGUACCACGAAGACCUGCAAGAUAUGGACCCGCGAUACAGCGUACAAACUCCUGACACCGUUGAACCGACGCCUUCUGGUGCUAAAAUGGGAAUACCAUGGAAGCACACGUCGCUCCGUAGGCCCCACGUAGGGCCAGUUGGCCCUGCCCAAGCUAGAGAGCAAGCAUCUGUGAGACAGCAAUUGAGCGGAAUAAUUAAAUCGUUUCUUGAAGCUCAGCAGAUGGAUGAACGGCACAGCCAGUUAGCUCCCGAGACAGCUGAGCGAGGGCUUCGGGACAAGAAGACGGAACCCCCAAAACGGUCUGAAGCGGAACAGCUGGCAAGCACAGAACCAGGCGAGACUGGCCCGUGGUACCGCAGCGAGAGCUGGGAAUAUGUCACUCCGCCUGCGGGCGCCGUAUCGUACACUCAACCAUUAACAGCACAGAGACUUGAAGAAUCUACGGGAGCUGGUCAAAGGUACCGUAUGAGAGCAGUGGAUGAGUCGUCCUUUGAACAUAACGAAGCAGACGAAGAUGAACGAGCAAGCAGAGUAGCUGGAGCUUCGUCAAGGAAGGUCUCCGGAGUAGAACAAGAACAGGGUGGCGCAAGCAUGCAGAGAUCGGCCCGCGAUACGCAGCCUUCGUCUUCAGAUCGUGAUGCUGGGAAGGUUGAAUGUGUCCUGCAGAACGUUCAAAGAGUAAUCCGAGAUAUCAGGCAGGCAACCGAUGAGACAAGGCGUGCGAGCCUGGGGACGACGAUGCCGGGCACGAGCAAAAAGGCGCCGGGACAACAUUUCAAAAAGAAGGGUCGGAAAAAGUUCAAGGGAAGCCCGAGCCUUAAAGAUAUGUUGCGAACAUAUAAGUCUGGUAAUCUAGCCUACUCGCUGUCACGACCUAGCACCACACAUUUCGAUUCAAAGGCUACUCAGAGCGAAGAUUCCGCCUCUGUUAAGUCGCCGAAUAUACUUUCCAGAGCGGGUAGCAAAGAUCCAUUCAGUCCAAGCACUGAUGUCGAUGAACAUGAACCUCCUCAAACGCAGGCGAUUUCCUUGCCGUCAGAGUGGCCCAGUCCUCGCCUAGCAAAAGAGAGUGUGAGCAUCACUUUGUUGAUUGACGCUAUGCAAGGCGCUCGUCAACAGCAGGUAGGACAAAAGGAAGAUGGAAGCACGUUCUUUUCCAUUACCAACGAACCGUCUGUGACUGUACCCGAAGCAAUCGUAGCGGUCUCCGAGAAAGUGGGCGAACCACUAACUCAUCACGAAGUUGAGUCGGAGUUUGUUCAAGCGACCGAAGAUGACGUUUCGGAACUUGUACGUUUCCUCAGUAAAGCCAGUAGCGUCUACGUGAAGGACGCAGCGGUGGAAGUCACCGAUGAAGAGAUCCUGGCGCUGGCAAGGCCAGAAACGGAGCUGACUGCUCCGACUGAAAGUAAAGCUGAGCGGGCAGCAUCGCCAACUGACGAGUUGUUUACAGCUGUUGACUUAUUCCCGCCAAGUCUUCAAGAAGAGGCAGGAGCUGAAAGAGUUGUACCGUAUUCGAUUGAAGAACCACCUCCAUUUCUACCUGAAGCUGUCGGAGCCAGAGAGGAAUGGUACAGGAAAACCGAACUGACGACUGGAACUGAGGUCGGUAGCCUCGAAAUUCCUUCCGAAUUCAAACGCCUCCUGCCUGCAGCAACGGAAGUUAGGCGCAUACCAGAUUAUGACACGACUGCCAAGGAGAGCAAAAAAGGGGCUAGUGAAGACAAAUCACUCUCAAUGGAAGUAUCUGCAGGGAAGCCUCCGCCGCGGUUAGAAGAUGUGACGAGGGCCACGCCGUCGGACGUCAGCGAACUCUUCUCGAGCACAGCGAGAGGUGAUGCCGAACCUUCGAAGAGAGCUGAACGUUUUGAGGCGCGAGCCGGACUUGCAAGUUUAGGUAAAGCGGUCUCUGCUCCAACUGUUUCUGGUCGAAUGACUUCCGUCGAAACCGAUUUUUCGUACGCACAGCCGACGGACAUUUCAACAGCAGUUCAUGAGCCGGAAACAGCCACAAAGGAUUCAAUGGAGAGCUUUCCGGUUGAAGGCGCAGAAAAAACUUUUAUAGGGAAGGACAUCUCUCGGUCCGUACGAUCCCUCAAACCCAGUGAUGUAUCGAGCACUACCUCGCAAGGCGGUUUCUCCGACAUAUCCUUUGAUACUGCGUUGAAGGAGAAAACUGUAACCUCAGCUGACCAAUUCGCAACAAUCCGGUUGUCCGAGGAAAAGUUGCCCGAGGAAACCGACGAGACCAGCAAGCAAAGGGCCAUACGCAUGCAAGAACCUCACUUGAAAAGCACUCGACGCGACAGAAGUACCGAAGAAGAAACGUUCUUCAGCUUCGACGUCGACUCUGCGACUAAAGUUACGAGGUCUCCGUAUUCGCCCCAGUUAGGUGUAGCCGCUGUCGAAAGUUCCAGGUCAUCUCACACUCAAACGGAACCCAGGCAACGGACCAGGGAAAGACGUGACACGAGCAAGAGCGUCACCAGCUUAUCGUCCAAAGAAUGGAUGGACAAAUUUUUCAAAAGGCGCGGCAAGAAAGGAAAAAGGCGUACUUCGGCGGUAAUUGAAGCCGUGACCCCUUUGAGAGACACGAAGAUCGGUGUUCAGAUCGAAGGCUUGGAAAGCAAACCAGACAAGGGCGAAGUUGCCGCCGGUACCGAAGUGGACCGUGCCAGCGCCUUAGGAGAAAAGGAAUCCACUGACGUUGCGGUUUUUACCUCCGAGAACGAUGUCUUCCUUGUGGCGAGGUCCUCCGCAAUUGAAGUGCGAGUAGUAGUGUCUCACGAGCCAUCGACAGAAGGUGAGGAAGACUUGAAAGGACCGUCUGAAAAGGCUUCUGGUCUCCCUGGCGUUCCUCCUGCUGGGAUGUCUGCCUCACGAGAAGAGACCACGCAGAUGGAAACGGCUGAAGAGAGCGUUAUUCCUGAAAGGGGUGCUAGGCAGGAAAGUUCUGCCUUCGUCACAACAGAGCGAGGAGAAGCUACUGCGGAGAAAACAGACGAGGCAGUCUUCACUCUUGGCAUAGAGACAUCUUUCGAAGAAGCCCAAGAAGUGCAGUCUGAGGCGGACAUCCGGGGCGCAACGUCCGAAAUCAAGCUGAGAGGAGUGCGGCGCCUCAGCCGGCAGACGUGGAGGGAAACAGUGCCAACAGGAGAAUCCGAAGCUUCUGUUGAAGUUCGAGGACAACUAUCCAGCUCCUCUAUUGAUCGACUUCGAGAUAUUCUAGGUCCAGCGCCACUGACUUCAGUCGUUGGUGUGCCGGAAAGAAGAGCUGAGGACCAUUUAAAGUACCGAAUGGAAGUGAGGAAAACACCUUCAGCAGUGCAUGUUGAUCACCACAUGAAAAUGGAGGGCGGAGCUGGAGUCGGUAAGCAACCGCCCUCAGGUGGAGAAGAGCCGUUGGUGGAAAAAGCUAAAGUCGGGAAGGGAUUACCUUCGGAAGCAGAGGAAACCGAAGAGCGGGAGGUGCAAGCCGUUGUCCACGAGAAGCCUAGUGUUGACGUUGAAGGACUUCAAAGAGAAGAUAUAAUAGAACUGGCAGAACCCGUAGUCUUGGUUGACGAAGCAACCGUUCUCAAUGGGGAAGCAAUAAUACGCGAGCUUCAAAAAGUGGUGCCGAAACUGCCACCUUUUGAAGAGGUGAAAGUCGAAGUAGAGGUACAGAAAUACCCUUCAGAACUCGAACAGGCGAAAGAGCCGACUGUACAGGCGGUCGUCAGCGAAGAAUUGGACUUCGAAGAAGUACCCGAUGAUGACGCUUAUCCAGACCGUGCCGACGUACUCGAAAUAACACUGUCCGGCGGUGUUCCAGUUUCACAUGACGUGAUUGCAGUUCCACAAUUGGAGAUAGGGAAGAAAUUGCCUUCGGAGGUAAAGGAAGUCAAAGACGCAGACACAAAAGCCAGAGUCCCGAAAAAAUUCCUACCAGAAAUGAAGGAAGUCCAAGAGGCAGCUCCACAAGCCGAAGUCGAGAGGGAGCUGCUAACGGAAGUCUUGGAAGUUGAGGCCAGGGAGGCAGUUCCAGCAGUCGAAGGCGAGGCAAUGCUUGCUGGAUUAAAGGAGUUUCCAGAGGAAGAUGCAUACCCAGACAGCGCAGACGUGCUCGAAGCAACGCUCUCUGGCAGUAUCCCGUUUCUUCCUGAAGUACCACAACGGGAAGUUGAGAAGAAACUGCGUAAGCACGUUGAAGAGAUCGAAGAGGCAGCAAUUGAGACAGCCGUUGAAGGAGCUAUCAUAGCGGAACUCCAGGAAAAGGUACCAAGGCCGGCACCUUUCGAAAAACCAGUCGAAAAGGAGGCGCCUACGAAAGUAACGGAGGUAUGUAUCAAAGAAGUUGCUCCACAGCCAGAAGUGCGUGAAGAAUUACCCCAGGAAAUAAAGGGACUUAAGGUCUUGGGGAAACUUCCAACAGCCAAAGACAUAGAAGUACUUGAAGGAUUCAGGGAGUUGCCGGAGGAAGACUCCUACCCAGACCGAGCAGACGAGCACGAAGGCAACGCUCUCUGGAAGUAUCCUGGUUUUACCUGUAGCCCGUACGGGAAGUUGAAGAGGAACAGCCUCCGGGUGAAAAGAUGGAAGAGGCGGCUCCAAAAGUGGAGAAGGAAUUACCUCCUGAAAAGAUCGAAUUAAAACAGGCCGAAGUGGAGGCCAUUACUGGAGCACCACCUCCAGCCUUUGAUACAAGAGCCAUUCAAACAGGAGAAGCCAUCAUAAAGGAACUCCAGAAGAGAACACCACAUCUGCCUGCUUACGUAGAGGGUGAGGUGGUAGCCCUCGUUUGAUGAAGCAGCAGUUC